UAGGUUGUGCAAUAUUGUGUACCUCGUGGUCGCUAAACGGAGUGACUACUACAUAGUCAUUCGGUCUGCGUAUUGCACGACGCGAACAGUUCGAUUGUCGCUAGGUUUUUGCGUUCAGUGUGAUCGUAAAAGUCGAUUUUGUUGUGUUCAUUUAUUGACGAAAAUUAAUAUUAAGAAGCAGUUUUUGUACCGAUCGCUUUGUACCUUCAAAACUGUUGCGGAACUCAUGUCGCCGAACACGCGACCUACAACGAAAUAAUGAUAAGCGCUUUUCAAAACUUUUCUUCGCCGCACUUCGGUUACGGCGGUAGCGCGUUACCGGAUGCGGCCGUUCCCUUGUACAAUGGCCAACAACCGAUGCAUCCCUUUGUUGGACAUUCUGCUCCCGCGUAUAAUUUUGCAAGACAACCCGUGUACAACGCUGGUCAACCGCCUCAGUACAAUAGUCGACAACGUCAAGCUCUUCCCUACGAACCGGCUUUUCGUGAGCCUUACACACGACCGCAAAUCAGUAAUAAGCACUACGAACAAGUGGACGUACCGCCGGUGCCAAAUCGAAAGAGACCUGCCUCCACAUCUCCUCCAGUUCAGUACACUAGGGUACAAGGUGGUGUACCUGGUGGUAAAACAUCAGUACAUGCUGUACUAGAUUAUGAUGUAGAAGAUGACGAAACUUUGGAUUAUUUAGAUAAAUAUAGUAAAGAAAAUGAAAAAGUUACGCCAAUUCAAGGUCCGAUUUUCUUAAGAAAUGGUACCGUACCUGUUGUACCGCUAUUUGGUUAUCAAAAAGUUAGCAACGGAUCUUUUCUACAAAUACCCGUACUAUGGACUGCUUUAUCGUUCGCUUUGGGGUAUGAAAUUAAUGGUGAUAUUAUUCGUGGAAAUCCUUGUAUCAAAAGAAAUCAUCAACUUUUUUGUCCUACAGCAGGCAAAAGUUAUCCAAUAGAUCGUAUUGAUAAAUUUAUUGAUGAAAAUAAAGCUUUGAUGAAACGGAUGUAUGGUGAAUUCGAGAUGAUGGAAAAUGGUCCAUUUCAUAAAAAUAAAAGACCAACAGUUCGAAAAAAAAGGCAAAAUGGUGGAUUUUCAGAUGAUCAAACGAAAUCUAAUAAACUUCCAACAAAAGGAAUACCUACAGAUUCUGGAAGAAUAGAUUCAUGCGAAUCAAAAGUAGAAGUUGUAACUCCUUAUUGGGCGGCUAAUAGUGUGGGCAAAACCAGAGCGAUUGUCAAUACCGAACACUUUGAACAAGCCAUUCACCAAGAAGUUUGCACGAAAACACUGACGUCUCGUUGUUCUGGAGAUUGUGGCUGCGAACAAAAAUAUAAAUGGCAUAGGUUACUUGCUUACGAUCCAGACAACGACUGCAAGGGAAUAUUUAUGGAUUGGUUUUUAUUUCCCUCGUGUUGCAUAUGCCGUUGUGAUUCAACAACACCCAACAAUAUUUAAACAUCUUUCAAUCGUAUAUGUAGAAUUAGUUGUACGGAUAAUCAACUGUAGUAAAAUUAUUCAUUGUAAGAUAACUCAAAUAAUAAAUUAUAUGUACUUUAUAAGAACAAAAAUGUUUCACGUACUUCUUAAAAAAA